CUGUUAGAGAGUAAAAAGAUAAGGGACUCACAUGAAAGAAGAGAGAUAGAGAGAGUUUAUUAUCCAAAAAAGAAGUGUAGCAAGUAGGUAAAAUUUCAUGAAACAGAAUAAGUACUAACAAUAAUAAAAUAGAAAAAUAAAAAGACCUAUUUUUUAUAAAAAAAAAUUAAAAAACAGCAGAGAUAAAAAAAAGGAACAGAAACAGGACAGGACAGAACAGAAAAAUCCACAGAUUAUUGGGGUUUGGCCCUUUAUUUCUCUCUCCUCAUCUUUUUAAACCCUUGAAAUUCUUCUCAAAAAUUCUCAGUUAUUUUUCUAAGUUUGAUUUUGUUUUAUCUCUCUUGCUAUUGUUUCCUCUGCAUUAUUUUUUUUACUUACUUGGAGAAAAUGGAUCAACCUUUCUUUCUUCAUUUUGACAACAAUGAGACGAAUUUACCCCCAGGUUUUAGGUUUCACCCUACAGAUGAAGAGCUGAUUUCUUACUAUCUUCUUAAGAAAGUCCUUGAUGGUAAUUUCACUGGUAGAGCUAUUGCUGAAGUUGAUCUCAACAAAUGUGAGCCUUGGGAGCUCCCUGAGAAGGCAAAAAUGGGGGAGAAAGAGUGGUAUUUCUUCAGCUUAAGAGACAGGAAGUAUCCAACAGGGUUGAGGACAAACCGGGCAACAGAAGCUGGUUACUGGAAGGCAACCGGGAAAGACCGGGAAAUUUAUAGCUCAAAAACUGGUGCAUUAGUUGGAAUGAAGAAAACUUUGGUGUUUUACCGGGGAAGAGCUCCUAAGGGUGAGAAAAGUAACUGGGUAAUGCAUGAAUACCGCCUUGAAGGCAAAUUUUCUUACCACUACCUAUCUCGUACUUCUAAGGAUGAGUGGGUGAUCUCAAGGGUGUUUCAAAAGACGGGUACCGGAAUAGGAACAACAGCAAGCAGCGGAGCCACCACCGCUGCAGGCGGAGGAAAGAAAACUCGAAGCGGCGGAAUAAUGAGCGGCCUCUACAAUUACAAUAGCAACAAUGAUGUGUGCAGCUCACCUUCCUCGGUUUCCAUUUCCGUAUCUCAGCAGCUUCCCCCACUCCUUGACUCCUCCCCUUACGGUGUUGUCAACGAGGCUUGUUCCUACGUUGACGACGGUGGCGAAGCCAACAACAACAACUCUAUCAAGAAAGAGCACGUGUCCUGUUUCUCCAUUUCCAGCAACACCAAUAACAACAACAAUACUAAUACUAAUAUUAAUAAUAUAAGCAACUUUAACCCUUUUGAGCUAAAUUUCCAACCUUCACCACCACAACUGCCUCCUACUACUAUGAUGUGCCCUACAACUCCUAGGAGCAAUGCAUUUAGCAUGGUAGGUGGCGGCGGGUUGCCGAUGUUCCCUAGCUUAAGGUCUUUGCAGGACAACCUCCACCUUCCGUGGGUCGGCGGAGGCGCCGCCAUACAUGGUGGCAGUAGUGGUGGUUGUGAGUUGGAUGUGAUGAUGGCUAGUGGUAACAAUAAUACUUGGGGCGGUGGCGGAUUCGAUCAUAACCACCAUGGUAUUGGUGGUAAUGGUGGUGGUGGAAAGAUGGGUUUAGGUGGUGGUAGUGAACUUGAUUGCAUGUGGAGCUACUGAUGGAUGAUGGCUAGCUACUACUGCAUAUCAGUCUGCAUGGCAUGGGGUUUUCUAUUGCUUGUCUCAGUUAGUUUGACUUUGGGGUCCUUAGCUUGUUUUAAUCAAUCAAAUAUUUGGAUGUGGUAGGGUUUAUGUUUAUGCUUUCUAGGUUGUUGGUACUAUUUUUAUUUUCUACUAUUGUGUGUUCCUAAUUGCAUGUUUUUUUUUUAUUGUUGUAAAAUAAGUAUGUGUUUGUUGUUCUUUAAUUUCGAAAAACUUUGUCUCUAGCUAUUGUAGUACUACUAUUGUAUGAUUGUGUCAUGUACUUCGUAGAAUCUUUGUUUUGUUAGCUUUGUACUAUAAUUAAAUAAAAAAAAAGUUGUGUUAGAUGGAGAUCUUAAGUCGUAUAUUACUGAUAUAAUAUUAAUAUUAUGCAUGGGCUUUAUGAUAUCUAGAAUUCAAAAGUUGUGGCAUGAUAUCUAUUGAUGUAAACUAUUUUUAUACGUAGUUUUAUAAAUUAUAAUGACCUAGUCCUUCCACGUACAGUUGUUCUUGAAAGAAC